AUGGGCCGCCUCCGAGGCGGGUCCGCGUGCGCUCGGGCCAUGGCGCGCUUGGGCGCGGUGCGCUCGCACUACUGCGCGCUGCUGCUGGCCGCGGCGCUGGCGGUGUGCGCUUUCUACUACCUGGGCUCGGGCCGGGAGACCUUCUCCAGCGCCACCAAGAGGCUGAAGGAGGCCCGAGCCGGGGCCGCCGCGCCCACGCCGCCGCCCGCUCUCGAGCUGGCCAGGGGCUCCGCGGCGCCGGCCUCGGGCCCCAAGGCCAAGAGCCUGGAGGGCGGCGUGGUGGUGCCGGUGGACUACCACCUGCUGAUGAUGUUCACCAAGGCGGAGCACAACGCGGCGUUGCAGGCCAAGGCCCGAGUGGCGCUGCGCUCGCUGCUGCGCCUCGCCAAGUUCGAAGCGCACGAGGUGCUUAACCUGCACUUCGUGAGCGAGGAGGCCAGCCGCGAGGUGGCCAAGGCCCUGCUGCGGGAACUCCUGCCUCCCGCCGCCGGCUUCAAGUGCAAGGUCAUCUUCCAUGACGUUGCUGUGCUGACGGACAAGCUCUUCCCCAUCGUGGAGGCCAUGCAGAAGCACUUCAGUGCUGGCUCAGGGACCUACUACAGCGACUCCAUCUUCUUCCUCUCCGUUGCCAUGCACCAGAUCAUGCCCAAAGAGAUCCUGCGGAUCAUUCAGCUGGACCUUGACCUGAAGUAUAAGACCAACAUCCGGGAGCUGUUUGAGGAGUUUGACAACUUCCUGCCAGGUGCUGUUAUUGGCAUAGCCAGAGAGAUGCAGCCUGUGUACAGGCACACAUUCUGGCAAUUUCGCCAUGAGAACCCCAAGACCAGAGUUGGGGACCCUCCCCCUGAAGGGCUCCCUGGCUUCAACAGUGGAGUAAUGCUGCUGAACCUGGAGGCCAUGCGUCAGUCUCCACUCUACGGCCAUCUGCUGGAGCCUGCGUGGGUACAGCAGCUUGCAGACAAGUACCACUUCCGGGGCCACCUCGGGGACCAGGACUUCUUCACCAUGAUUGGCAUGGAGCACCCCGAGCUCUUCCACGUGCUGGACUGCACCUGGAACCGGCAGCUGUGCACCUGGUGGAGGGACCAUGGCUACAGCGAUGUAUUCCAGGCAUACUUUCACUGUGAGGGCCAUAUCAAGAUCUACCAUGGAAACUGCAAUACCCCUAUCCCGGAGGACUAGGCGCCAGCUUACGCACUGUGCCCAUGGGGCUCCUGGGCCUGGGGAGGAAAGAGUGACUCUGC